AUGGUCUCACCCGAUACAGAGGCCACGAACGUGCAGAGUCACGAACAGGCCAAACUGCACGACAAACGACACGCCGUACAGAGCGACGACGGCGAACGUCCUCACAAGAUCCGCCGCUUAUCUGACCUUCAACAAGCCUCUCCAGCUUCUCUGGUGGAAGACUUCAUUCCUGAGAUCCCUCUUUCGAAGCUGCACAGUCAACUUCCAUCUCCGUCUGCCACAAAAACCGACGACUUACAUCGUGAAUCGUCUCCUGCCAACUCUCCCAUACCAGAACGAAAGACAAGAUCGCCGGAUAGGCACACCGAGCGCGCAUCCGCAAAGAGAGCCCGCUCGCCUCCAGAACCAUCGGACAGCGGUGCAUUUGUCGAGAAGUGGCUAUCAAGCGUUCCACCUAGCGAGGAAUGCGAUAUCGAAGACGACAUGAGUCUGCCACCCUCGAAACGAUCACGGUCAUCGGAUUCGUUAAGUCGCCGACCUUCGCAAUCCGGUGACGGCACGGAAUCCACGGUUUCAGCAGACAAGAAAUACUCGGCCUACAAAGAUGUGAACUACCCGGUGGUCUUGGAGACAAAAGGGAGUUUUAUGCGGCCAUCUGAUGCUGGUCUCGUGAAGGAAGACAAGAGAUUGUGCGAAAUGCUUCUCACCACACACCAACCGCGUCCAGAUCAUUCAUUAUUUGAUGACCGAUUCAACAAAUUCCAGACUUUGAUUAGAGGCCGAUCCGAAGCUCGAGUCUACCUAGACCUGCAUCCCCUCCUCGUUCCCUCGGUUGAGAACCUGUACAUUAGUGGUCGAGAAGAAUUCCACGGUCUGAUCGAAGGUCAUAAUGACCCUUGGGUCAAAGGAAUUUCGUUUUAUGGACCCCGACCGCAGCCGGACCGGACAUACGGAUUCAAAUGGUCCAACUUUACCGAAGUCCAGCGCCGGAAGCUCCGCGUCGAACCUUUGGAGAAGUCGUACUACACGGCGCGCGAGGACAUCUAUUUUCCCUUCCUGACUAGCGAGGUGAAGUGUGGGAAGCAGGGGCUUGACUUAGCAGAUCGACCGAAUGCUCAUAGCAUGACCGUUGCCCUCCGGGGAAUUGUGGACGUCUUUCGCAAGGCCAACCGUGCUUCGGAGGUGCACAGGAGGGCAUUGGGAUAUUCCAUCUCACAUGACGACCGGAGCGUGCGUAUCUAUGCUCACUAUCCUGAAGUGGACGGUGAGAACACGUUGUACUUUCGCGAAACGAUCAAAGAACUCAACGUUGGAGACGAAAGGGGCGAACACAGAUGGAUCAGUCACCAAUUUACACUCAACGUUUGCCAAAUUUUCGCCCCAGAUCUGCUCCGGCGACUGACCGCCGUGAUCGAUGAGCUGCCUGAUCCGAUUACAAGUACACUCGAGCCGGCCAACAUCGAUGACCUCAGCGUACAAAGCUCUCAGGAUGACAGCAGUGCGCCCGAGUCCCAGGAUGAAGGGUUUCGCAAACCGCAGCGAGGGAGAGGCUUGAAUGCCGAGUUUCGAACCAUGAUUCAGAACCUGCAACGGCAGCUGGAGCAGCAACGAAAAGACUCUGAGCAGCAACGAAAAGACUCUGAGCAACAACGAAAAGAGCUUGUGCAAUUGCUCAGACAGCAGAGUGAUCAAAUCAAGCAGCAAAAUGAACAACUCAGACACCAAAGUGAACAGAUCACAGAGCUUCUGCUGAAGCAGUGA